CGUCGAGAUCCUGCGGCUGCCGGUGGCGCUCCGCGAGAUGAACUGGCUCGACUACCUCGCUAAAGGAGGAAGCAAAAAGGUGUUGGAAGAGGCAGCAACGGCAGACUUGGAAAUAACAGAAAUAAACAAGUUAACAGCAGAAGUUAUCCAGCCUCCUUUAAAAAUCAUCAAGAAAGUGGAAAAAUCUAAGCAGGAUAUUGAAGCUAUUGAAGAAGCAGCAGAGCCUCCUUUGCUUCCUCUAGCAAAGAAAGCAAAACAUGAUAACCAAUGUCUUCCAGAGCUAGAAGCUGAAAACAUUAAUCCAAGAACUGGAAAGGUGAAGGCAUCCACUAAAAAAGUGCCAGUGUCCAGGAGCAGAAGAGCUCCUUCAGCAAGAGUGAAGCGCAUGAGUAAAAGAUCAAGCAAAAACAACUUUAUCACUCCAGCUACUGGUAGAAUUGUUGAUCUCUGUGCUCAGGGAGGUACCUCCAUGGUCACACCCAGAUUUGAUUCCAGAAUUUUCAAGACGCCGGGUUUGCGCACACCUGCAGUAAAUGAACGUGUUUACACCAUCUCUGCCAAUGGCAGUCCCCUUGCUGACAGCAAUGAUAUCUUCAUUACAGUCCCUGUUGGAGGAGGGGAGAGCAUUCGUUUAACAGCAAGUGAUUUGACCAAGAAGAAUCUUCUUCAUCUGAAUCCGGAGGCCCAAGGAAUUAUGAAGAAGCUAUCAGUUCGUCUUGCACAAGCUUGCAGUGGUGCAAAUACCCAUAGAUGA